AACGUCUCAAGUACGACUCGAGUGGAUAAUAGUCAAAGUUCAGCGUGAACUGCGGCAUUUCCACACCCCUGACUCUGGGGAGAGAGGGGCAGGGGAGUUUGGAAUCAGGGAAUGUUUGCUCCCAGCCCCUGAGAAGGAGAGUCAGUCCUGGGUGGUUUUGCGGACCCCCGCCCCCCUGACUUGCUGGAAUACGUGGCACCCCCCCUCCCCAACCCAAGAAAAGAGUUGAAAUUACAAUCUGUAGCUCCAAGUUGACACUUCUGCUGCUCCCUACGCAGCCAUAAUAACAGAAUGUUGCUCGUUUGCCGUGGAAAAGUGAUUGUGUUUGCGGGGGGCGGGGAGGGGGGAAAAGUGGCCGGAGGAGAGAGGGUCCGUGGAACAAGGUGUCUGGGUCCUAAUAGGUUGAGAUUCGAACUGAUGCAGCACAUUUUCACGGGGGCUACCCAGAUUGCUGUUAUAAAAUACAAGUCAGAUUUAUGAUCUUUUUCAUAUUGAACAUGAUAUGCUAUGCUAACGCUGCAUGUGACAGUUUAAUCAAAUCCAUUUGUUACCAGGAAGCUAAAAGGGGCCGCUGGGAUUUUAGGAUUACGGGCAGAGUUAGGGAAGCAUGUGGCUUUGUCAUUCGCCAUCAUUUUGCAUGCUGCCACACAGGCGAGGGGCUCCGUGUGUGCCCGUGUCUUGUCUGGACGCCCUCGUCCCUUAGCCCACCCCCUGCCGCCACUCUGACCAGCUCCCAAAGUGGCUUCACCAUACUCGGUCCUGGGCGGCAUAGGGCUGCGCACCAGGUCCAGACGUGAACACAUCCAGGAGACCCCCUUCCACUUCCACCUUUGGGCUUGGUGCUCAAUGCGAAGCUGCUGCAACUCCAGCACUCCUCAGUCAACUCAUGCAGAGAAAGGAGAAAAGUUUUGGUAUACAAAUGCUCUCAGUCCAGCCAGACACCAAGCCGAAAGGUUGUGCUGGCUGCAACCGAAAGAUCAAGGACCGGUAUCUUCUAAAGGCACUGGACAAAUACUGGCAUGAAGACUGCCUGAAGUGUGCCUGCUGUGACUGUCGCUUGGGAGAGGUGGGCUCCACCCUGUACACUAAAGCUAAUCUUAUCCUUUGUCGCAGAGACUAUCUGAGGCUCUUUGGUGUAACGGGAAACUGUGCUGCCUGUAGUAAGCUCAUCCCUGCCUUUGAGAUGGUGAUGCGUGCCAAGGACAAUGUUUACCACCUGGACUGUUUUGCAUGUCAGCUUUGUAAUCAGAGAUUUUGUGUCGGAGACAAAUUUUUCCUAAAGAAUAACAUGAUUCUUUGCCAGACGGACUACGAGGAAGGUUUAAUGAAAGAAGGUUAUGCACCCCAGGUCCGCUGAUCUAUCAACACCACCCCGUUAAGGAUACAAAGCACUACAUUCUUUUAUCUUUUUUGCUUCAUGUGUACAUAAGAAGGAACCUACUGAAUAGCGUAGAUAUAGGGAAGCAGGAUGGUUACAUGGAAUAAAAGGCGGACUGCAUCUCUAUGUAGUGAAAUUGCCCCAGUUCAGAGUUGAAUGUUUAUUAUUAAAGAAAAGAAGUAAUGUACAUAUUGCUGGAUUUUUUUGCUUGCUAUUUGUUUUUGUGUCACUUGGCAUGAGAUGUUUAUUUUGGACUAUUGUAUAUAAUGUAAUAUUGGAAGCACAAAUGUAAUACAGUUUUAUUGUGUUACGAUUUGUGUUCUGUUUGCUUCUUUGUAUUGUUGCAUUUAGUACAAUCAGUGUUUCAACUUACUGUAUAUUUCUGCUUUCUGUAUCUACCAGCUAUUUUAAAUGAGCUGUAACUUUCUAGUAAAGAACUGAAGAGCAAAUCUCACUAAUGAUACACAGAUAGAUAAAGCAAGUCUAUCAACAGUAAAAAUAAAUGAUAAAGACACACACAAAGCAUUUUAGUGACAUCCACUACUUAUUGCCAGUAUGAUUUAGUCUUAUCAGUGUUCUUGUUAUAACCCCCUAUUUUCAGGGGGUCAAAAAAUCAGCUUUAAAAAAAUGCAUAAAAAUUUCAUCUUCAAGCACUUUCAUUUUAUACCAACGUGAAAAGUGCCAUUUUUAGAAUAACUUUAAAGCUUAGUGGUUCUCCUUUUAAUAUCCUUUUCUUUACCUACACAGUGACUUUGUUUUGCUUUUUCAGUCACACCCCUUAUGUGAACUAGUGCCUUUGGGUAUCAUGUAAAAUUUUUCCAAAAGGUUACUUUUCAAAAGUGUUACCACAAUUAUGAGAUAAUUUCAAAAUGAUAAAUGAAUUUCUUAUAUAAACUUUACCCAGGACUCCCUAUAAGAGCUAACUUUAUUAGCUUAAUAAAGGAAUGGCACUGAAAAGAUUUGAGUAUGAAUCCACUGAAAUCACGGUAAUGCACAUUGAAGCUAUGAAGGUAUUUGAGUAGUGGAGUUGCUUAUGAGCAGAGCAACGUGUUGCUCGCAGAAUCUUCUAGAAGAAAAGAAACAAGGGGAUUGAUAAAAAACUGAGAACUGGUGAUUAUAUAUUUUUCUGUAUUUCUCUGCCGUUUAUUUUCAUGUUCAAAAGUGAAUGCUUUAAGUUCGAUGUGUCUAACUUUACUCAUUGCUUUAAAUGAUUGUCAACUCAGAAUGUAUCACAUACAGGCUGAAAUCUGCCAUUCUGCUUCUUAAAGGUAAAACGUCCUUUUACCUACAUGAUAGCAGAUAAAGAAGAAAGCUCAAGAAACAGAAAUUAUGGAGAAUGAUUAUUUAAAGUACAAUUAAGGAAAUAAAAAUGAGACUAUGAUCCCCUCUUCUGGGUUGCUUACAUUUUGCUUCUUUGCUUCUGCUCCCUGUAAUAAAACUACUUUUCAACUAAGCUACUUCUAUAUUUUACUAUAGCAAAUAGUGCUAUGGUUUUUCUUUAUUUUUUCUCAAUCACUUGUAUAGGAAACAGUGUUUUCCGGUGUUAGUGGCAUACAUAUUUUCUCCUGCCAAUAUAUGCAUUACAGAAAAUUAAAUGUUAUACCUAGAUUUUUGGUUUGGGGCCAAAAUCUUAAGCUGACUAUAAUGCUGGUGUGGAUUUGAGCUGUUUUAAAACAAUGCUUUAUUAUGAACUUGCAUGUGAAUCUGGAUAUUGCCUCUUAUUUUCAAGAAAAUGGUUCUGUGAAAAGUGAAUGAUCUGUAUUUUUACAAACGCUUCCUGGUCAGGAGUGUUCACAUCUCAUGUUCCCCAAAUGUGAGGUAGAUUGAAGGAAGAGUUUCAAAAACAGCUAUUUGGGGCCCACAGAAAUAACUGUCAUUUUAGCCUUUGAGCCUUACAUUUGUUUGAUGAAAAGACUUGUACAGCCAAAAACAAAUAAAGCAAGACAAAAUAAAGAUGGGAAGGGGUGAGGUAAGUGAGAAGUGGUUUUCACAAUGCAGCCCUGCUAGUUCUUAUUAAUAGCUGUUUGAAGUUCAUGUGGAUGUAAAAUUUUAAUUGUCAGUAUCUUUCUCAAAUGAUCUUUUUUUAGAUUUAAAUGGUUUUCAUGUUUAUUGAUGUGUCAAAAUACUUGUGAAUCGGGAAAAAACUUCUCUCAGCUUCUUGAAGCUGUUCAACAGUCCUUGCCACCCAAACAAGAUAUUUUCACUACUUUUUUCUCUUAAUUAAUACUUCGGGAGUUAACUCUUACACUUUUUACUACAGACAAAAUUACUCACCUGAAUUAAAGAUUAAGGCCUUAAUCUGUUUAGAUUAUUUUUAAUCUCUAUGGAAUUGUAGAACAAGACAGGAAUAGUUUCAGCUGUAGGCCAUUUCUACAGUUCAUUGUCCAUAAACAGUAGCAUUUUUUACCUACAGUACUAAGCUAAUUGUUUUCACUACUCAAAGCCCCUGAAUUGGUAACUUUCCUCUUUGUGUUUUGUAGCCCUGACAUCAUUUAGCUUGCUAGCUGAUGCUUCCAAUAGGACACCUGCAAUUGAGUUUUGAUUUUGCAAGCAGUGAAAUCUCUCUCUCCUUAGCAUCUUACAUAGGCUAUGGGGAAGGACCAUGCACCCCCCCACUAUACCAGAGGGCUGAGUUUAAAAGCUGACCUGUGUUUGUAAUUUUGCUUUCAUCUUGCUUAAUAAAUAUCUGCUGAAUUCUUUCACCUUUUUAUAUUUGGAUUUAUGUUUUUAAUAAAAGGGGUAUUA